AUGCUUCUUGAGUGCUUGAGAUCCAACCAUUGGUGGGUCGCCGCUCUGGCUAUUAUCACUUGGUACAUCACCUCUUCUGUCACAUCAUGGUAUCGUCUACGUCAUAUCCCAGGGCCUUUCCUAGCCAAGUUUUCAUAUCUAUGGCUUGCCCGAUUAGCACUAAGUGGCAAACAGUAUGAGGCUCAUCUUGAGCUCAACAAGAAGUAUGGUCCUAUGGUUAGGGUCGGCCCUUACGAGGUCUUGACAGAUGAUCUGGAACUACUGCGAAAGAUCAACGGUACAAAGAGUUUGUAUGCCAAAGGAGCAUCCUACAGUGGUUCCCGAUUGAAUCCCUGGCAUGAGUCACUUUUCAUGAUGAGGGAUCCGAUAGCCCACGAUAAACUGAAAGCAAAGCUUAUAUAUGGUUACAGUGGUAAAGAAACGAUGGGUCCAGAAGCUGCUAUUGACGAGCAGAUCAUGAACCUUAUCCGUCUCAUACAGGAAAGAUAUUUAUCUAAGCCCAAAGAGUUCCGUCCGCUUCUAUGGUGCAAGACGGCAGGCCUCUUUACUUUGGAUGUUAUCUCUCGCCUUGCCCUAGGCCAGGCAUUCGGCUGCUUGAAGAGAGACGAGGACAUGCACUGUUUCUUUGACACUCUGAAAGAUUAUCUGCCAAUUAUCUCGUUGACAACAGAUGUUCCUUGGCUUCGGAAUAUUGUGUUCUCUCCCCUCUUUCUCUGGCUGUUCGGUCCGAGUAUCAAAGACAAAAAAGGAAUAGGGAAGAUGAUGGGCCUCACCAACCAGGUCGUUGAGGAGUUCUACCACGGGGAUGGUGAAGUCAAACGGGAUAUGCUUAGCUCAUUUAAGAGACACGGGUUGACUCAAGACGAAUGCGAGAUUGAGUCAAUAUUCAUGUUUGUCGCAGGAUCAGAUACCACGGCAUCUGUCAUCAGAGCAGGCAUGCUUCACAUUCUUGCGACGCCUCACGUCUAUUCUCGCUUGAAGCAAGAAAUCGCAAACACUAUCCGUGAAGGAUGGGUUUCGAAACCAAUCAGCAAUACAGAGUCCCUUUUCCAACCAUAUAUACAAGCUGUUGUAUACGAAUGUCUUCGAAUCCGAUCUGUCUCGACCAACAUGAGUUUCAAAGAGGUUCCAGCUGGUGGUGAAGUCUAUAACGGAAGACUUCUCCCUGCAGGUACCAACAUAGGAAUCAACUUCUCAGGACUCCUCCGCUCGGAGACCCUGUUUGGCAAGGAUGCUCAUAUCUUCAGACCAGAAAGAUUCACCGAGGUUGAUGACAAGACAAGUGCUAAGAUGAAGCGAGACGUUGAAGUGACAUUUGGGCUUGGGAGAUGGAGUUGCUUGGGAAAACCAAUCGCGUUGAUGGAACUAAACAAGAUCUUCUUUGAGCUCUUUCGCCACUUCGAGUUUCAACUGGCUGAGCCACACAAGGCAAUGCAGUUCGACUCCUACAUGUUGUUUCGUGAUGAAGGCUUGGUUCUUAGGGUCACUGAAUCAGACCUCAAAGAUCUGAAGUCAACACGAGAAGAUGUAUAG